UGUAAAACAAAGAAUAGAACACGCAGUUUGAACAAAUAGUCCAGGAACUAAAGACAUGACAGAGAUAUAUGAACAUGAAACCGAAUCAGAUGAGGAUUGUGAGGUCUAUUUUUUAAAACCGGUCAAUGAAUACAACAUUGUGGAUAAAAUAAAGGAAGCCAAUAAGGAACUGUUUGCCCAACAAAACGACGAAGGUGAUGGUGAAAAUAAUUUGGAAUUGAUGGCCUUAAAUGGCAGUCGCAAAGUUAGUUUUGCAGCCAAUUUGGAAGUGUAUGAGCCGCUGAGCGGUAUUAGUCUACAAGAAUUGGAAAAUAAGUUAGGCAAAGGCCAGGAUAAUAAAGAAGAUGAAGAACAAGUAGCUACAAAUCAAGAACCAGAAGAUGCAACCGCAAAUGAAAAUAUUAGUCCCCGAAAAUUAGAAAUUAUAACAGAAGAGGAAAUAAGUCCCCAACAAGAAAUUGAAAAUGAAGAAAACAAUGAUGCCAUGGAGGAACCUCAAACCAACCAAAACGAAGAAGUGAUGGCCACUCCACAUGUUGAAGAAGUUAUAGAAGAAAUUUGUGAAGAUAUUCUCAUUAUGGAUAUGGAAAAUAAUACAACCACUAGCUGUGAGAGUCCUGGCACGGUGCAACGUAAAAUGUUAAAACAAAUCACAUUUGAUUAUUGCGAAGACGACGAACAGGAUAAUAAAAGUCUAACAAACCUGUUAAUAUCCGAUAACGAAAACGAAGACGAGGAAUAUAUUGAAAAUAAUAAUUUCAACCUUGACAAUCUCGAUGACGCUGUAGAUUUUAAUUGUAACGAAUCAUUGUUGGAGGAUAGUGAUCAUGAAGAGUAUCCCGUAGAAAAUCCCUCAAAUACUCCACAAAAUGAAGACCCCACGGAUCAAAAUGAAUAUGAUGAAAAUGGAGAAGAUGAUGAGGAUGAUGAUAAACUUUCAAUUAUUGUGGCAUCGUACUUACCUGAUGACACAUUCGACUGUGACAAAGCCUCCUUAACGUGCUCCGACAUGAAAUCCAGCAAUCACCGUUCUCGUCGCAUUCCCUUUCACAAACGUUUCUCGUUUAAACGUAAAACUAAAAAUUCCAAUGUUGUUGGUUCCACCACAUCACCGUAUAGGAACAACAACAACAAUCGGCGUUUUCUACCUCCACCAGAGGUAACCGAUCUAAAGUUGCACUAUAAAACCUGUUGUGAAUUUAAAAAUGCCCAACAAAAAUUACCCAAAUACACUGGAUAUUUAUCUGAAUACGGUUUGUCGCGGGAUCAGCUAUUGGAGCGUGAACAAAAAUUACGCCGAAAACAACAUUCGCUGUUGCAAGAAACGCUUAAGACCAGCGAAGAAGAAAUGCGUAAAAUGCACGAUAAUGAAAGGGCAUUUACCAGCUGGCUAAAGAAUAAAAUGCGUUUUCCCAUCAACAAGACCCGUAAUAUGUUCGAUGUAAAACGUCCAUUUGGUUUGAGAAAAUGCACCAGUGUCAGUGGUACAACGACACUAACAAAGAACAUGGUGGGUGGUGAUAAUGACACUUCAACCCAUUAUCGUAGUAUUAGUGCAAAAUUUAAGAAAAAGUAA